ACUCCGUCACCCUUCCUCCUUAACAUCCUCACAUCGCACCACCUCGCUCUCGACCUCUAUGAUCCCGGGAACAGAUGGCUUCGAGCAUCUUCAGCAUCCUCUGGCUCUCCUCAUAACACGCACCUACAGAAUACAUUCCCCCUUACGUCUUCUUGCAUUGGCUGCGCUGAAUGCCGAGUCCUACGCGUAGACGCCGGGAAGAACCUGGAAUAAUUUCGAGGCAGAAGCCGGCGGUUGCAUUGAUACUUUGAUUUUACGAACGCGGCUGCGGCUGUGGAAUCUUCGAUUGUUUCUUUCUCCUUCGACAGUUGGAUCGAACGCUAUUCAAGAUAAAGAGAAGAACUUGUCCGGGCAUGGAGCCCGUCCCAGAGACUGAGAGGAUGGAGGAAUUCAGGGCGUCGCCGGUUCCUAGGCUUAAACUACAAGAUUCUACAGUAUACGAACAUCAAACCAUCGAUCUGAAGAACAAGAAACCUCCAACACUUCGAUCAGCCACGGAUCCCAACCCUUCCUCGCCACUUUCGCCAGUAACUUCCUCUCCCUCUAUACCGUAUAGACCCAGAAACACAUCCCCAUACUCACGAGGUCAUCUCCGAUCCAAGUCCUCGACAGCUUCUCUCGCCCCACCGAUGACGCGGGCUCAGUCCAUGCCAGGAUUCAACGCAUCGGGGCAUCUGCUCUCCUCUCCACAUCAACGUCCCUCAAGUCCUCUUGGGUCUCCGACUCGAAACCGAACACCAAGGAAACCAGUUGAUGAGGUAUUCCCAGGUCUGCCAAACCGCGGAUUGAAGGAUAUCAGCGAGGCAGAUGACACUUCAGAAGAGCAUGCCCCAAGAGCACCAGAACGAAGUAGUUCGCCAGUUCUUGGUCUGCCUCCAUCUGCCAGCUUCACGCGAACACGUAGACCAUCCUCUCCCCUUCGAUAUCUUGUUCAGCAUAGUAGUGCGGCCAGUACGGCUAGCAGCACAGCUCCAACCACUCCUUCUUCCAUAACCUCUUCUCCCUCUUACCAAUCUUCGAGAUUCCACGACUCUUUCUUGGGCAUGAGCAGUUACUCUGGAUCUCUCAGUUAUCCUGGCUCUUAUGCAUCGUCCUCCAUGCCCUCAACCCCCACUUCUGCGAGAUCUCGAAGUCCCUCCAUUUCAUCACUCGAGACAAUAGAGGAUUCACCUGACGCCGAGGAGGCUGCUUUGAAGCAGGAAGCUGAACGUAUAGCACAGUUGAAAGCCGAUGCGGACGCAGCGGAGAGCGGAGAGGAUUCGAAGACAAAGGGUAAUCUCGACACGCCUGGUCCACGGGGGAGAUCAUUAGCUACAAGCUUUGGCAGAGACAAGCGGAAGCGGUGGAGUGUGUGCGGUGCUGAGAGAAGAGGUGACUUGAAUCUGGACACGAUAUGGGAGGAUUGACUAAGAAUAGCUGGCUCAGAAAUUCUGGCAUCAGCGCAGCCAUGAUUUCGAUCUCAAGCUCGCCUUGGAGAGCCAUGAGCAUGUUUCUGCGCGCGAUGCCGACCAGUGCCGGCACGCUCUACAUUCGCAGCGCGAACUGCGGGCAGAAAACUUUAUUUUUGGGCAAGGUGUAUUACCGGUUGCUGUAUUCCCUUGCUCUCGAUAUCGAGUACGAUACCCAACUGCAUUUUUCAAUCGUCAGACAUUGGCAUUCUGGUCGGAGUACGGAGGGUAAACUGCGUGCUGAGGGUUAUUGAAAUCCCGUUGUAGAUAAGGAGCAAGGGUCUCCCAAUAAAUCAAUACAUGACGAAUGGAAUUAUAGAAAUUCUUGGUGACGUCUGUCAACUAGCC